AUGUGGUUCGAGUUGGUGUUUAUCUUCGUUGUCUUCGCGUUGUCUUCUGAAGUUUCGCUGACCAACUUCAGCUUCCAGGGUACUAAAAAAUAAAAUUAAAGUUUGAGUGAAUUGGAUUCUAGGAGCUUCAAAUCGUCUCACGAGCCAUCUUCUCGAUAAACAUGACAGGUAACUUAAAGAGUCAAGAAGUAUACCAAAUUCAAAAUUUUUUUGUUGUUCAGGAUUCUUUAGAAAAAUUUGAGUUCAAUGAUUAUAUUUUGAACUUUCUUCAGCUGUUAAAAGUUGAAGAAAAUUAUACAACAUUGACUUUUGAUGAAUGCGGAACUUAUUUCUGAUGUUCAGAUGUGCUCCACCAGACGGUCUCGUCACCGUCGCUCAUGACAUUGAGCUCGUUCAUAUCGUAGCGGUCAAUGAGCUCAAACAGAACAUGCGAGUUUCUGUCUACAUCGCCCAGGUACAUGAAAAUUUCAAUUUUUAGCAUCAAAAUGUCCGUAUUUUGUGUUUUUCCAAAAAUUGCCUCAGAUUCCAAUCUGCGCGACCCACUCUCUUUGUUCCUUUCAGAGUGACAUCAUGUUUUUAAGGGCUCAAACAAAAAAAAACUGUUUUUCAUUUUCAUAUACAACUUUCGAGCAAUAUUUUCAACUUGUUAUUCAAUUUGAUGACGUAUGGAUGUGAACGUUCUAUGCGGAAAAAAAUGGGAGAAGUUGUGAAGAUUUAAAUAUUUGCGGAAAUUUGGGGGGAGGUAUGUUCAAAUUUAUAGAAGAACGCGAUCGAAAAGUUGAACUUUGAAGAAUGGGAGUAACACUCAGCCGCUUGAACUUAUUCUCGAAAUAAAAAAUUUCACUUUGCCUUGAGGAAUAAUCGAAGAUAAGGGAGCCAAUUCUGACUUUCGGUUAUUUUUUCGCAAGUUAUUUUGGUCCUCAUCUACCUUCGUCCUACCAGAUCAGAUCGGCUGUAACUGAAAAAGCCCAAGCUUUUGAUUUUGAUUGUUUCAGUCAUGCUUAUCUUUUUUUCUUCAAAAUAAAAAAAGAUUUCAUAUUUCUUAAGUGAUAAUUAUUCAAUUAUUUCUGUUUGAUUAUGGAAAAAUACUCAUUAAUGCGGUCACAAAAUUUUUUAGAGAGGCACUGAGUUUUUUUUAUUGAAUUAAGUUUUCCAGCAAUGGUACGACAGGACACUCUCUUGGAAACCCGAGGAUUUUGAAGGAACCAUGGUUACCUGGCUGCCAGAAUCUUCCAUUUGGGUUCCUGACAUCAUCGUCUUCAAUACGUUUCACUACGGGUGUACUUUGUAACCGAGCCAUCAAUGUUAAGGCUAGAACACAAGGAACUUCUUCACGCGGUCCGGUCACCCAUCGCCGUCCAUUACGAUGGCCGCGUCGUUUUCUCGUACCCGGCUCUGUACACAGUUCUCUGCUCGAUCGGUAGGUCUUGACGUCGGUUAUCCUCAUCUAGUAACAUUGGUUUGAAAAAAAGUGAUAAAAAGAGUAAAGAUAACUAAACCAGUAUUUUUAUUACUGGAAAAUAAACGAGAGACGAUUGUUAAACUAAGAGGGAUUCCCUGGUUAGAAAAUCGAGACAAAUUUUAAUUUUUAUCUGAGCUGCAUUAUAACAAAAAGCAAAAUUUCCUUGAGAACUUUCCCCUAUCCUUGACUUUAUAGGAAAAAAAAAAUAAGAAAAAAAUUUCAUUGUUUCUUGUUCGAAAAUUUGAAAAUUCGAUUUCUUUAUUCCAUAAAGGAAAACGAAAAGAUAAAGCGCUCAUCCAGUAACAAAAAAAGUGAAUAUUUUUUUAGAUUUCAUUUUUUUCUUCUAUAGCUAGUUAAAAACCAAAGCGCGACAAUCCUAAAAAAAAUAGUUUCUAGAAAAAAAAUUUUAAAGAGUUCCGUAGCUGUUUUAUAUGAAAAGUUCCAAAUUUCCAUAAUCAAUAGAGUCAUUUCCUUAAUUUUGAACCUCAAAAAAAUAAUAAUCUUUAGGAAUCGCCAAGUUUCCGUUCGACGACCACACCUGCAAUCUAAGGGUUCGUCGCCCAUUUUCAAACAUGGUUUUUUGGCGCUCUGAGCCAUUUUUAGACCAACGCGACAUAUUUCCGCUGAAUGUUUGGUCGCGAAAGAAAACAGAACAGACGCACAUGUGUUUUGACAUUAUUUUGUGUGUUGCAGUUCGCCUCGUGGGCCUAUAGCGAAGACAAAGUUCUGCUGAACGCCUCGCACAAGCCCGCGCUCCAGAAAUACUCGCCCAACGAGGAAUGGGCUUUGCAAGUAUGAAGAAGAGCCAAGUUUGAGAAAUGAAUCAUUGAGCUCCUAAAGAGAGGAAACGAGACUUUUGACUCUGGAAAAUAGAUUUUGAGAUCACAAAGGACAAACUUGGAAAAACUUACGAGGAAAGGGAACUUCAAUAAUCUCUGGCUUGUAAUCGUUCAGAGAUGAGACUUUUGAUUGUGAAUGAGGAAGAUUUGAGACGAAGAAAAUUGAGACGAAGGAACUUAUUGAUAUCUCAAUCCUAAUAAAUCUUUUAAAUUUGAACCGAAUUUCGAAAUCUGAGUACGUUUUUUCUCGAAAUUUCUCUUGAGUUACUCGUUCUUUUCAUUAAAAAGCUAAAAAAUUAAAAUUAAAGAACUUACAAACUUCUUUUUCUCAUAUUUCUUAUCCCCUUAAAGGCAUAGGGUCAGUAAAAAACGUUGUUUGAGUUCAAAGCAGUACUUUGUAAAGCUUUUCGUUGCGAAUCGAAUGGUGAACUUGGAAACGUACAGAAGCUCCUAGUUUUAAAGAAAUUCAAUUCGCAAUGAAAAAUUAUAUAAGAUACUGCUUUGACCUGAAACCCCGUUUUUUACUGCCCCUAUGCCUUUAAUCUCACUUUAUUUGAUAACUUCCUCUGACUCACCGGCCAGCGAUGAAUCUCAAAAGUUUUUCAACAUGACAGCUUGCGUAGCCUCAAGAUCGUUUUACACAUCGCAGCCGGAAAAAGCUCGUUAAAGCCAAGAUCAACUGAGGUUCUUGAUUCUUGAGAAAUCUAUCAACACAUUGAAUUUCCGUGAAAAAUGAAGGAAAACAAAAGCAAAAGCAAAAGUUUGCAGGACGUCGACAUGGUGAGGGAAGAAUAUGAGCACGAGGACACUGUAGUCAGCGAGAUCGUUUAUAACAUCAAAGUCGCUCGAAAACCUUUUUAUUACCUUGUGAGCUUAGUUGUGCCCAGUUAUAUCAUCUGCGUUCUGUCGAUUGCCGGACUUUUUGCUCGAUUUUCUACUCGACAUGAAAGACAGGUAAGUUCUAUUAUUUGUAUGAACUACGAUCUGAAUUUGAUUUUUUCUGAAAUUAACCGACGGUAAUUUUCCAUUUCUGCGAAAUGAAGGCUCGAAACAAAUGAUUCACUUUACUGAUUUCAAUUAUCACCUUGAACUUAAUCGUGUCCUUUUCUAAAAAGAGGGAGGUUUCCAGAAUAUCCGAUUGCCAGAAAAUGCUCCGGUCAAAUCUUGAAAAUUUUGGUCAAUUUUUUUCAGAUAGCAGCAGGGCAAAAUAACCUUACUCGUUUUUCAAAGUUUUGUGAUAAUUUUGAUAAGGUCAGCUACCGGAAAAAGACGAUUUGUUUCAGGAACGAUUUACCCUUGGAGUAACUGCAAUUUUGAGUAUGGCUGUGCUGUCUUUAGUUGUGACUGAGAAAGUUCCGCACAGCUCUGAAAAUGUGCCUCUUCUGAGUGAGUCCUCUUUUUUUAUUUCCCAAUAAAUCUUGCUUUCAGUUGUAUAUUUCCACUUCAUCAUUAUCAUGGUUACAAUAGCCACAAUCCUCACUUCCACAGUGAUGCGAGUUCAUGCCAAAGUGAGAUUCAAGUAUCAAUGGAGAUAUGAAUAGUUUCUAUGUUUGCCUUUUUCAGGGUUUCGAACACAAACUUCAACCGCCUCCUCCUUGGAUGGCAAAGCUUUUAUUCAUAAAGGAGAAAUUCGCCAAGUUUGAAAAAAAGAAGGUGAGUCUGCGUUUCGAUCUUCGAAAGUUGAAUGACUUUUGAAGAUUCUUAUCUGAGUCACUGAUCGCAGUUUGAGAAAUUUCUGUGAACCUAUCGCAUUAGCGUUUUUCAGAGAAAACCAAAAAUAGAAGGAUGAGAGCUUUUGAAAGUUACCAUGUUCAAUGAUGCGUUUGAAGGGAACUCCUAGAACCGUGAAUCACCAAAAUAAGUAUUCUCAUUGAAGCUUUGGAACGAUAUUUGACUACAACAGAGAGAUUCUAUAUCGAAUCUCUUAAACGCUUUCUAUUUCAUUUUAUCAAAAGUUAUUGGGGGAUCUCAAAACUUGAAUUGGGGGGCUGUUCAACGACCCAAAACCUUAUUCUAGAGACCUUAGCUUUUUUUUCAGUAUUGCUUGAACACACCAAAUAGUACGUUUUGAAAGAACCUUGAAGCUUCGAUGUCUUUAGACUCUAGUUUUUCCGGAUCUUUUUCAUGAAAAUCGAAAAGUGGUACAAUCAGUUAUCAUGCGAUCAUUGUCUUUUGUAUGAUAGUUUGAACUAAAGUUGGAGUCACAUCCAAACAGUUCCUCGUCGAACCGGUUUUCAAGUAGAAGCAAAUCAAACUAACGGUAGACUUCAGGGCAAAAAUCAAUUUUUUUUAUUUUUGCGAGAUUGAUGUUCUAAGCGUGACUCUGUCAUUUCGGGAAAGACCUUUCAUCGUAAAAUAGUGAUGCGAACUUAUUCUCGUCUAUGUUUUAAGAAAAGUAGGGAAGUAUAAUAUUCUUGGUUAUGUGCAAAAAAAAGAAUUGAUAUUUUCAAAUUGAAUGAGACGGCUAAAAGCGAAAAACCCAAUUUAAUCCCAAAAACAGCUGGAACUGACAAAAAAAGCAAUCUACUAAAUGGAAAGCUUUCGCACUUCCUCUUCAAAAAAAAAGACGAGCUUUGAGAAACUUCGAGCAUUGAGCACGAGGAUGAAAAUCACCUAGAAGCACAAAAGACUUAGAAUUUGGAAAAAAAAAUGUGGGAAUACUUUUAAUUUUGUCGAAGUCAUUAUCAUACCCUGCCAAUUAGUCAACUAUCGAGAGAAUAGAGAAUAAAAACGCCAAAACUUCAGUGAGACUGAAAUUGUGGCAAAAACGAGAAUACUUAUUUUUGUUGAUACAGAAAGUCUACUCCAACAAUCAAAGUUGAUUUUUGAUCGCAUGAACUAAUUUUUAUCAAAUUUGUAUGAAUAAGCAGAGAGCGAUGGAAAAAAAGUUUUUUUUCAGAACAAAGUGAUUCUUCAAGUUCACUCAACAGCUGAACAAUGGGGAGAGGUAACUACUAAUUUCUGAAUUUAAUAGUUUUGCGUUGAUUUAGUCUGAGUAGUUUACCUAAAUCUGACGACAGCCUCAUCGGAAAGCACAAAAAUGAUAAAAACUUCUAAAAAAUCCGCUUGCAGACCGUUUUUCUCUCAUUACAUCUGAAACUAGAAGCAUAUUCAUUCUAAUGAAGUCUAGAAAUAAUAAUUUUUCCUCUUGUCCUACGGUGAGAAAAACUAUUUACGGACUGAUGUCUUUUUAAUUUUCAAAACUUCAAUUUUGUUGGAAAAAAGAAUUUUCAGUCUUUUUCUACUGUGAAUAAGAGUUAUCCGAGCAGCCAUCUACAUUCAGGGGCUGAAAAAAAUGACAAGACGGCAGCUUAUAAAUCAGCGAACAAACUAAAAAUUUCAAAAACUCCGAGUUCACCUCGAAACAAUUUUUCUACGCAUUUGGGAAAAAAAAAAGUCUCAAAUUUCUACUUUACAUUCUCUUCUGCUCAUUUCCGAUGAAAAAGUUUUCCGUUUUUUUUUCACCAAAAAACAAAGUUUGAAUCAAUUUAGAAACCUCAGAACGUUCAAUAUAACCAACUGACUAUUUUUCUCUACAUCCUUCUGAUUUACAGAUAUCUCGGAGGAUGGACUACUUGUUGGCGACUUUAUUCGUACUGAUCAUCUCAGCUCCAACAGUAUACUUGUUUUAUUUGUGUUUGGCAAUUGAUCACUCCAUCAAUGAGAAACUUCUUCUUGAAAAAUCCAGAAACUGGUAGUUUUAUGCGAGACGAAUAUUUUUCCUUUUUUCACUUUGAAUGCAUUGAAGAGGCUAUAAAGAUGAUUGACAUAAGUUCACAAGUUGCAAUUUAUUCAGUCUUCAAAGAAGAUUCUUGUCUGAAUCAUCGAAUCGAUCGUGUGUUUGCGGAAUCGCGUCGUUCAAGAUCAACUCUUACAAAAUCGUGUCCUUCUUCAAUUUUGAGUCUUGAAAAUUAGCUUCUCCAUGUAUGAACAUUACGGCGCUCAGCUUUUCGAGUACUGACGGUCGUCAAAUUAAAUCUCGGGCGAGAGCAGCAAAGAAUAAAAUUUCUCGGCAGAUAGAAAUGUGAUAACUAUCUCAUUAUAUAAUGCAAUAUAUGUUUACGAGAAACUUCAAAAUCGUGUUGGUAUCGAGAAAAAAAUUUUUUUAAGUGUUAGAAAUAAUAAUAAUUUUUUUGUAAGAAAUCACACUCGACUCAUUUUACAAGUUUCGAUAGUUUGAAGUCCCAUUUACCCAGGAAUUUCUUAUUUUUCGAUUUGGCGUCAGUUUCGGUCAACCAGGCGUUUUGCGAACUUAAACAUAUUUUUUUGCUUGCGUAAUGAAUAAAAUGAAUAAAAAAAUAAUUUCAAUAUUAAUUCAGUAUCAAACACUCAUAAAAAAAUCGAUGUUAUUGUUACCGAAAAAAACUAUUCCAAGUUUUUGAUUCAUAAUGUGGAAAAUUUUUGAAUGUUUCAGAUAGCUUCCUUCAGAGUCUAAAACAUUUAAAAAAAUUUUUCUGGGACAUUGCUUCUGGAGCUUGUAAAAAUUCAGCAAAGUUUGAGAAAAAACAGUGCAAAAAACAUGCACUUUGAAUUGCCGCGCGACUCCUGCUGCUGCCGAAAAACUACCGUAAUCUGUUCGCCCCGAGACCUUAUUGAAGAAUGGACUCGCCAGCGCACGCGCGUACCACCGCGUCAUUGAUUGCCAUCGAAUCACGCUCUUCUUCUUUUUUCUGCUUAUCCUCGUAUUUUUGAUUGGCUUCUAUGGAACUUACGACGGCAUGUCGUCAGUAGGAGCCGUGGCAAGCGAUCAUUUCCGAGACUUUCGCGGACAGGUUAGCCUUUUCAAUCUUCUCCCAAACAUCAAAUCGUCAUCCAAUCCAUGAAAUUUAGUUUUUCUUGUUUUUUUCUAUAUUUUCAAAACUCGAAAUGAUGCAAGUUAUUCAUUCUUGCAGGGAAAGUUUUUGCAGUCUUGUUCUGUAAAUUACUGUUAAGAUGGCAUUGAAAUGUUUUUACGCAAAAUUAUUGCUUAUAUUGGUUUGCCUUUUGUUUUUCAAGCUGCAGAUGUUAUAUUUACGUACAUUUCGAUAACAAAUGUGAAAGCAGUUGAUUUCAUUUUUACGUUUGAAUGAAAGCAAAAAAUUUUAUGUAUUUACUAUUGCCAUUUUAUUACCAUACAUUGGCAUUUUUUCAUUUUCAUAAAUUACUUCGUAUUUGGGUCGUUCUUGGGGAAAUUUUAUGCUCAUAAAAUAGUUUUGAUACUCGUAUUUUUUGCCAUUAUUCGGUUUUGCAAUUUUAUUGCGUUUUUGAUUGCAUUCGCAUACCAUUUAAUAGUGUUUAUGACUAGAUCGAUAUUUGUUUAUUAUCAUUUUUUUUUUCUGAAUUUGCGGGUUUUUUCGAACUUGGCUUCGCCUUAUGUUGACUCAAGAAGUAAUGAAUACCUAAAAGUUUAUUGAAAGAUUUUUGGGAUUUCUUUCAAAUGAAAACAAAAAUGAAAAACUAACUAUGCGAUUUUAGCAUUUUUAACGCCAACAAUUAAAACUUCAAACUUUUAUGUUUUCCAUAUUGGAAAACUUGAUGAUUUGACCGAAAAAAAGAUUUUUUUCUCAAAAGUGAAAAAAAUUGAAAACAAUAAGUUUAUAUCAACAGUGAUGAAAUUGUACAGUUAUUGUGUAUUAUGAAUUCACAUGUACAAAUGUGCAAUAAAGAUGAAGUAAUUAUUUGAAUGAUGGUUGGGAGACGCCAGUGGGAAACGACGCGUCGACCUUUGAUCGAUUUUCUCGCGUCGAAAAAUGUGCCAAUUGUGGGCGUCGGUCGAUCAGGGAUAGGCGCGAAUCUCCGCUCGCGUGUUUCCCAACUCUCAUUCCGUGUUAUUUUAUGCUGUCAUCCGGCUCUAACAUUGUUCAGCUCACUUCAAACAACCAAGCUACAACCCUGAAGCGCACACAGGAAGACAGCAGCCUCGACUGUACGUCCGCCACACAUUUGUUUCCAUUUUUUGCUCAGUUUGUUUGAUUGCUCGACAGUUUUUUUUAUUUUUUCGAUUGCGUUUAUCAUUUUCCAUUUUUCGAAUUUUGUACUUUUCUAAACACUGAUCUUCUGUCACUCUGCAAAAACAGGCUGUUUGUGAAUGAUAUUCGAAAGUUCUCGGACCCCGAUAACAUUGACUUUUCAGGCGGAAUCCCGGCCAAGAGGGGAAUCAUGCAUGGGAUGGACGCGGCAAACGCCAUGCACAUGGGAACCAUGGGAAACACAUUCAAUGUACCGAUGAGCGACAAUGUCGUCGAGGUGAUUCAAAUUCCGGAGAAUACUGUUGGACUCGGUCAGUUGGGAAAAACUCGGUUUUUCAGAACUAUCUUUUUUCAGUUAUUGGUAGAAAGGGAUCCGAGAUCCAGAACAUCCAGGCCAAGUCUGGCUGUCGGGUUCAGAUGAGCCCUGAAGCUGACAAUCCAGGAGGCGUCAGACAAUGCACUCUCCAAGGACCGAAAGUAAGCGAUUCUGAGUUGUUGAAGUUUUUGCCCCUUUGAGCCAGUCACCAUGAACAAGUUGAAAAAAAAGUAAAAAAAAAAUUCACGAAAGUCUGAGACACUCCGUACUUCAUUGUGAUCCGAAAUUUGUUUUCAAUAACUUUCUUCUUCCAGAUGGCUGUUGAACACGCCAAACAGCUGAUCAACGACGUCGUCACGCGCGCUGCUCAACGUCAGGCUGGCAUGCCUGUUCAGCAACCUCAGUUCACUGGCGACACGUCGAGGCACAUCAGUGUCGACAUGCUUAUUCCUGCCACGAAAUGCGGUCUGAUCAUCGGAAAGCAAGGCGACACUAUCAAGCAGCUCCAGGUAAUUGAACUUGUCUGUGGAAACACGUAUGAUUCAUUUGAUACAGGAACAAGCUGGCUGUAAGAUGAUGAUGAUCCAAGAUUCGCAAGAAGUGACUGGUCAAGCCAAGCCUCUCCGUCUCACUGGAGAUCCGGAUAAGGUUUAUUCUUUCUUGAAACAUCUUUUUGAAGCCGAACUUUCAGGUUGAGAUCGGCAAGCGCCUGGUUACCGAAAUGCUGCUGAAGGACGAGCAGGGCGGUGGCGGAAUAAGUAACAGAUUCCACCACGACGGAACUACGGCUAAGGGAGAAGUGAGUUUGAGUAUUUGCCGAAAAAGCUUGUACUAACAAACUUUUUUGCAGGUUGUUGUUCCACGGUCCAGCGUCGGAAUGAUCAUCGGCAAAGGCGGAGAAAUGAUCAAAAGACUCGCCAACGAGACGGGAACUAAGAUCCAGUUCAAGCCUGAUGGUACAAGCAUAAAUGUGAACAUAUCUUGAUUUCAAAACAUUCAGACGAUCCAUCCUCGCCUGAGAGAUGCGCUAUCAUCAUGGGAACUCGUGAGCAGAUCUACAAGGCCACCGAACUCAUCACUGAAUUGGUCAAUAAGAGUAUGGCCAACGCUGUUGGAACUGGAGGAGCUCCCGCGAACUGCCCGCCCAAUGCUCAGCAGGUCCCACUCUUCUAAUUGCGACGGAAAUAAUUUUAAAUUUGAAGGUUUUCUACAUGCAUGUUCCAGCCAACAAGACCGGACUGGUCAUCGGCAAAGGAGGCGAAACAAUCCGUCAGGUGAGAAAGGUCUUUCGAGAUUUGAUCAUAAAUUGGUUGACAGAUCAAUGCGGAGAGUGGGGCUCACUGUGAACUGUCUGCUGAGCCGGCAAAGAAUACUCACGAAAAAGUGUUCAUCAUCAAGGGAACGCCUUAUCAGAUUCAUCACGCUCAGCAUAUUAUCCGAAUCAAGGUUAUUCUAUUCUCAAAGGUACUCAUCUUCAAAAAAUGUUCUAUAGGUCGGAGACGUGCAGCCGAACACUCCAGUUCCUCCAUUCCAGCAGGCAGGUGCUGCCAACGGCGCCUUCCCAGUAGCUCCUCAGUACGCUGCUCCGUACACGGCUCAACCAGUUCAAGGUGGUCAGUGGAACGGUGAGCAGUUCGCUUGCUAAACCAUGAAACGAUUGAAUAAUAAUUCUGAGAAAGUUUGAAUUUUUUUCUGUGCCAUUUCUUUCAAAAAUUAUUAGCUAUAGUGAAUUUGAAAAAUAAGCCUCUUUGAAUUAUAAUUAACAAUUACUGUUUCAGCUGUGCCAGCCGAGGGCGGAUGGAACUCUGGCGGAGUCUUCUACGGGAACCCUGCGGGCGCAACUCACGCAGCUCCAUACGCCAAUGCACAGUACCAGCAACCGCAAACUGUGGCUCACGCUCAGUAUGCCGCCACCACUGCCGCAACUCAACCGGCCGUUUCUAGCGCCCAGCCUGCUGCUGGUGUUCAGAUCAACAGCCAGCCGGCCAUCAACCCGCAAACUGGACAGCCUGAUUACUCUGCUCAGUGGGCUGAGUACUACCGGUAAGUAUUUAAAAAAAAAGAAAUUUCGAAUCGUUCGUAUGUCUUCUUUUAAAUAUCAGAAGAACUGACCAAGAAUCUGUCAAAGAUAUCUAUGUUCAACUUUGAUGUAACUAUGUUCAGAUCGGUUGGAUUGCACGAGCAAGCGGCGAUGGUGGAGAACCAAAUGAAGCAAACGGCGGCUCGUGGAGGAGCUGCGACGACGGCCGGCUAUGCUGCUCCUGGAACUGCUCCAGCCACGGCUCAGUACGCCUAUGGACAGGGCCAGCCCGGCUUCCCGGCAGCCAAUCAGUACCAAGCUCCCCAGUAA